AUGGAAUCCAUAGAGUGGAUUCACAUAUCAGAGAACCGCUUGUGGGCGGAGAACCUCAUGAAGCAACUGAUGGAAAAAGACGCGGAGGAAAUAAUGCCACCCAAACUCAAUAUAUGGGGAAAUAUACAUGAUGACUCGGUGAGCUUUGAAUCUUAUUGGUGCACCCUUCUCUCGCAAAAGUUUCGCCACCCUGCGUAUGUGGCUUUUCGUACCUCACUCUUCUCGGCUCUUCCGUUGAUGUAUAUUGGAGAUAGAUACCCAGAUAUUUUUCCGAUGCACACUCUUUUGGCUUUGUUUGGCGUUGCAUAUAGCAAAGAUACUGUGGGAGAGCAAAUAUGUAUGGUAUGCACGAUGAUCCCAGUGUUGCUGUGGAUGAUGCUGUGGGGCUCGUUGAUGCAUUUAUUUAAUUUGCUUGCACACCAAACUGCAUGGUGGUGUGCUGUGUUUUUUGGAGCAUUUGGCAUAGGUCUAGUUGGGGACGUACGGGGUAGAAAAUUGGCGAUCUUAAUGACGCUGAUUGUUAUGGAGGUUGAACGGUCCCAGCUGAUGGUAGGAAAAGGGGCUCUUCUGCCUCUUCUUGUGGGGCGUGACGUGUUUCUUGCUUUAGGAUUUGCUUGUUUUCAGUCGUUUAUACCGCCAUUUACGAUGUGCAAGCGCGUGGAUGAGGCGAUGGCAGGGGCGUGGGUCUACAUAGGGGAGGUGGUGCAUAAUUCCGUCAAGGCAUGUUGGUCUGAGAACCCUAUUGACGCGGCGGUGGCGCUCUCAAAGACGUCAUCGGAACCACUCCAGAAAAUAUUUACAACCGUGCCCUUUGAACUUAGUUUUGUCCAUUACGAGCCAUGGGAGUCGCCGCUACGCUUGCAGCUAAGAAGCGAACGUAUUAAGGUGAUUGGUGGCAUUAUGCCCAUGCUGCAUGCCUUGGUGGGUGUAGUGCGUGCACUCCACGCUGCGCAGCGGUCGCGAUCACCACUCGAUAACGACCAAUCCGCCGUCAGCCCCGGUGUGGGGGUUAUUCGUGGGCGCCUGGAAGAAGCACUCGAGCCAUAUUUGCAGGCCCUGAAAGUUACAUUGAAGCAGUUGGGUUGUGUUUUGAAUCCCCGUGAGGUGGUGGCCACCGUGCCGUUUGAUGACCUUCAGUCAGCCACCUCAUCCCUGCAGUCCACCAUUGACAAGAUCCACUACGACAUGAUGAAAGGCCGCUUUGGUAAUGUCGACCCGGUGUGGUACAUGCAAAUUGUGUUUUCCCACCUCAUGAUGGUACUCAUUGGCGAGGAGCUGCUUCGGUACGCUGAAAUUAUGCGCAACUUUGAUUGCUCGCGGUACACGUCUACAUCGCGUCGCAUUUUGGAUUUCUUUUUUCUUGAGCACUGGAGGGAUUUUUGGGCAGAGCUACCGAAGCGUCUUACGUUGGCCACACCGAAUGAUGUGCGGCUUGCAAAGGAUGCGUUCAAACUUGCGUGUGGCUACACCUUGGCCUGUGUUUACACGCUCUGCAUUGAUUUUGAUAGUGUAUACUACUUUGGGAUGACGAUCCUCAUGGGUGUUGGACUUCAAGCCACGGGUGAUUCACUGGUGGCGGGAUUACAGCGUGUGGCGGGUCUUGCCUUUGCUGCGGCUUUGGCCUAUGUGAUACGGAGACAUCAUAAGUCUGAUCUCGAAGCGUACCCCAUUGCAAUUGUGCUUAUUGCAGUAGCACGUUUUACUUCUUCUUUCCCGGCCUAUUUUAACUGUUCCUUCUAUUGUGCACUUCUUAUCCCUUCCAUGAUGCACAUGGUAGCCACGCCGCUGAUGAUGUUUUCCCGCGUGGUCUCGAGUUCACUUACCGUCAUGACGUAUUAUGCCAUUGUUGUCUUUGUUUUUCCCGUCGACACCAUUCGAGUGUUACACAAUUCGGAGGUGUGGGUGAUGGAUGGCAUCUCUAAAUACCUCUCCAGCCUGAUCCGUCUCCUGCAGGCGCCCGUCGACGACCGGGAGCCCGAUGUGAUGCAAGAGAUCCACGCAAUGAAAGCAUGCAGCACUGGUCUCUGGCGUGCCGUACGGCAGUUGCCGCCCAAAAUCAAAACAGCCUCUCUGGAGCCCACCAUCCGUGGUAAACCUUACCCUGUCCAUGAGCAAGAUGAGUUUCACCCGGUGCUGCGCCGCUUGCUCUCAUCGCUGGACAUCAUGCUUUUGGGUCUGACGAUUCUCCAUCGUGCACGCUUAGGCCCUGUGGCGGAUGAAUUGGUUGAAAUGCUUACAAGCAGCAGACAGCUUUUAAAGAACAUUAACCUAUACAGUGUUUACGCCAUGCAAGACUUUGUUGAUGCGGUGCAGCGGCCAAAGACAUGGUCGUGUGCCAAAACGGUAGAUCACUUCUCCACCCUGCUGCGAUUGAACGCGGAGAUCAAGAAGAUGUUCUCCAUGGCACAUGGCAAAAUGUUGUCUGCCAUACGAGGGAAGGCGAAUGAACUCCAUUUGAACAAUUUGAAACUGUCGAUGGUAAUUGACAACAACAGCCUCUUAUCAUUGAUGCCUUGGCGAAGAGAGAAUUCGAGUGUGCCGCGUGGCAGCGCUAGCAUUUGUCCAUAUGGAGAAGAGGAAGAAGGGGAUGAACGGGAGGAGCUCACGGCACCACGCAAUGCGAGUUUUAUGCUUCGUCCGGAAGAGUUUACAAUCAACCAUGAUAUGAACAUGAGCAUCGCCAUCUUUGUGGGUAUUGAUCUCUUCUGCAGUGAACUAGUAAAGGCAAUGCGGACCAUGUUCUAUCUAAAUCAAUUUGAACUGAGCCGCCGUAAUUAA